UGACAACGCCCUCCACCUCCACCCCCUCCGUACGUUGACGUGAUGGGACAACAAUGCAGACUGCUAAUUAAUUCCAGUGCUUCGCUCAUCCUCUCACAGAAGGUACAGCAGUCGACUGCCGUCCAGCUCACUGACAGUUACUGCAUCAUCAAAGAGACGUCCACCGCAAAGACGCCACCCACAGAAAAUGUUCAGCACCAGUUCAGACAAGCCAGCCUCUGGCUAUGACCUGGGCCCUGACCCACAGAACCAGGCCGGUCACGGGGGUCGCGACAGGGACCAUGCACCCGGAAGAGAAAGUCGCUCUGGAGGAGACCAUCAUCAGGGAGGAGAUUCUCACCAUGAGGAUGACGGCCAUGGAGGGGGCCGCGGCAGGGAUGAUCAGGAGGACAGCCACAGGAGACGCAGCCCUGACCGGGACCGUCCUCGGGACAAUCAGGAGGACAGCCACAGGAGACGCAGCCCUGACCGGGACCGUCCUCGGGACAAUCAGGAGGACAGCCACAGGAGACGCAGCCCUGACCGGGACCGUCCUCGUGAUUAUCAGGAGGACAGCCACAGGAGACGCAGCCCUGACCGUGAUCAGGACCGCCACAGGGAUGGACACAGCCCCAGUCGCCAUGGAGAUCGUGAACAUGAUCGUGACCACAGCCCUCGUCGUCGUGGUGGAAGCCCUGGUCGAGAGUACAGCGGUGGGAGCGGCGGGAGCAGUGGGAGUGGCAGCGAAGAAGAUGACGGGCACGGCGGCCGUCGUAAAAAGCAUGGCCACAGGCACAAGCACGGCCAUGGCCAUGGACACGGUCGUGGACGUGGACGUGGACACGGACGAGGAAACUGGUAGAGCGGCAAACACAGGCAGGAGUCACGCUGGCGUCCUCUGACACGUUGCUGUGAGCUCAUGCUGCACCCGUCGUUGGCAUGUUGGAGCAGCUUCGGUUUGUAAAGGAAACUGGCAUCCGUCACAGUAGCUACAGUAGCUAACACGCUGCGCUCUGUUAGCAUGUGUGCACAAAGGUACACGCGUGCAGUGAAAGUGGUUUAACGCUGUAUUCCUGUGUUUAAAUACUGCAAUAAAAUAUUCAGAAAACAUGAACUGAAAA